CUAGGCAGCAUGGUCUCCGACCUUAGCCUGUUCCAAACGGAACAAACGUACUAAAAAAAAAAAAAAAAAUAAAAAUUAUAUAUUUUGUAAUUUAUUAAUAUUUGUCUUAGCUACGUUAAAGUUACGCAUAUUUAUCAAAAUUUUCAUACAUAAAUAAUUUAUUUAUUAACUCUUGUUUUUAAAUAGAACGUAAUUUGAUUUAAUUGGACGAUAUUAAUAUGGUGAGACGAUGCGCGGUACCCGGCUGCACUAUUUCAAACAAUGAAGAAAACUCUCAAAAUAUCACAUUUCAUUCCCUGUGAGUGGACCCAGUAUUAAACCUUCUAGAUAAGCUGAACAAUAUGCUGACGUGAUGGGAACGCUGGUGGUAGACGACAUAACAGAUCCGUCCAAUCCAACAAAACGGAGAUUCGACGUGUUACUCAAGAUGUGUCGAAUGAUGAUGAGGGAGAAAGAUCAGGAGAUCAGACUCUUAAGAGAGCAAGUGGAAAGGUUAACAAAAAAGAAUGUCCAAUUGCAAAAUGCUCUGACUGAUAGGAAAAGAAAGAUUAUGAUGGAAGACGUUGAAGAUUCCGGCAGAGUGAUAUCGAUAAGUGUAAAUGAACCACAAAUGAAAAAUGGAGAACUUAAAAAUGUGAAACGGAAAACAAUAGUACCUAAUGGAUCACAUAAAGAGAUAAGCGAAUCCAAAAUUGUUGGCACAACAUUUCCUCGACCGAAGAAGCUGAAAAUCAAAUCUUCUGAUAAGGAAACUGGAGUUUUUUUAGAUGAAGAAAGUAUAGGGGAUAAAAGUAACGAUGGGAAUAAUACCAAUACGCAAACAGUUCAAGAAAAUGGCCCGAAAGACAAUGCAUGUGAUAAUGACCUGCAAGAUAUAGAUGGGGCGGUAAUUGAGCCGUUGUCUGCUGGACAGACAUGUGGUGUAGACAAUCCAUCACGCACUAGUCUUGCGGUCAACGAAGGUGAUGAUUUAGAUAGUUUUUGGACUGUUACGAAACAUAACGGAGGGGAUAUAACAGAGGAUAUAGCUUCUAAUGGUUUAUACAUUAUAGUGGUUUCUGAUUCAAAUGGUUGAAUAUUAAAAUACUUAAAUAGUACUACUUGCCAUUAAUUUGAGAUAGCAACUCCGGGUGACUCAUUCUAAUUCACGGACUCGCUAGCGAUGUCGAUUCGAAAAUGUUAGAAAACUCAUGUCACUGUGGUGUCCCACAAGGCAGUAUGCUUGGACCAAAAUGUACUGUCACCUAAGUUAACAACUUUAUAUUUUUUUGGUCAAUAAUGUUUAAUUAUUUAUAGUUUUUUUUUUAUUGGAUGAAAAUGGAGUGGUAACCCCGCCUGCGCUAAUGGGAUACGCUGGCGGGGCACCAGUGAAGGGUGAUCGAUGACGAUGAAAACAGGCCAGUUAGCGCAUCAUGAUGAAUUCAUCAGGAACUAAUCAUGAUAGUUUCCAGGUGAAACCGCUAAGAAGUCGACCUGGUUAGAUAUAUUGCUAGCAAUGGGAUUCUUAGUCUCCAUUACUAACAAUCCCUUCCCCCCCUCCCCCCAAUUAUUUAUAGUUAUUUUAUAUAUAAGUAUAUUGUUGUUAUUGGCCUAGUUACUUAAUAUAAAUAAAAACAUAACUGUAGUAUAUCGGCGUGGGUAAACAUGUAACCCACGCUGAUGUACUACAGUUAUGUUUCAAGGAAACAACUGUAAUACAUAACGGAGAGAAAAGACAUUCAGAAAGGGAUGCACAAAAAACUGACCUUGAUUCUUGAACCAGAACUCUUAUUAUAAUGGUUUGAUCUAAAAUGGAUGAUCUCGUUUCUAUACAGUAAGCCAGUGUAUUGGGGAGCUGGUUUCUUUUAACCACUUGAUGUUCCUCCCAACACUAGAUUUGUAAGUGUUCGUAAAUCGUAAAAUACAAUUGUACUUUACGUAUCCAUGUUAAUUCUGUUGAAUCAUUAAAUAAAAAACCGACAUUAAAAAAAUAAUUAAAGUUGCCUCUAUUUUGAGUACCGCAAUUCUCUGGUUAAUUCUAGUGCGAGGAUUGUUUUACAUUUUCUUGUUAAUUUUGUAAAAGGUUGUUAAACUCCUUAAAAAACUGUUAUUCGAUGUUAAUGUUGUUUUUAUUUGAAGAAUAAAUGCGAAAUGUUUUAUAACAUUAUGGCAAUAAAUUAAUAAAUA